GAAUUCUGUCAGACCGAAUCAAGGUGCCGCCGCGUCAGUUUAUUAUUAAGCGUAAAAUUUUCAAAAUGAUUCGGGUUAUAUUUUUAAUAAAUUUUGCGUUAGUCAAUGGGGUUUUAUCGAGUGAUUUAUACGAAUUAGAUUUGAUUCAUUUCAACGAUUUUCAUGCGAGGUUUGAAGAAACCUCCAAAGAAUCUCCAAUUUGUCACACGAACGAUACACUAUGUCUCGGCGGAUUCCCUCGUCUUUACCACGUAAUUACCCAACUGAAGAGGGAGAAACCUGAUGCACUACUCCUGAAUGCAGGAGACAGCUUCCAGGGCACCUACUGGUACACAUUCUUUAAAUGGAAUGUCCUACAAGAGUUCAUGAAUUUGUUGCCUCAUGAUGCUCACGCUAUUGGAAACCACGAUUUUGAUGAUGGUCCUAUGGGAUUAGCUGGUUACAUAUCAGCCUUAAAUGCUCCAGUCCUUGCUGCAAACAUGGAUACCACUUUCGAGCCUGUUCUAGAAGGAUUGUACCACCCUUCUACAAUAGUUGAGAGGAAAGGCAGGAAGAUUGGGAUUAUUGGAUUGAUUACCACCGAUACUGAGCUAUUUUCCAACGUUGGUAAUGUAAAGUUCCUGGACCCUAGAACGAGUCUAAAGCGAGAAUUACGUGUUCUUAAUGGAGAAGGGGUAGACAUUAUCAUAGUGUUAUCUCAUUGUGGAUACGACACUGAUGUGCUUUUAGCUCGUGAGUUUGGUAAGGAUGUUGACGUCAUUGUCGGAGGACACUCUCAUAGAGAAGAGAAAUCGCCACAACCCUAUCCUGUUGUUAUUGAGAGUGAUGCCAACAAAAAUCAUAAGGUCUUGGUGGUGCAAGCUUCAGCGUUUAGCAAAUACGUUGGGAAUGUUACAGUUUAUUUGGAUAGCGAAGGCCAUUACGUCAAAUGGGAUGGAGAAAUGAUCUACCUUAACCGAUCGAUUCCAGAAGAUACUGGAAUUAAAGAAUUGCUGAGGCCAUACGCGGAGUUUGUACAUUUGGCACAACUGACUCCGAUAGGAGAGUCGAUGACUCCCUUGUCUCAUGAGGAUUGCUCGCGUGGAGAAUGCACGCUUGGUAACUUGAUGACUGACGCUUUAAAUUCAGUUGCCAAGCAUGCUGUUCAAACAAGCCUUGACUACAUAGCAUUCGCACAACAAAGCUACUUACCAUCAUCUUUACCUGACGGCAUUAUAACUCACGGUGAGCUGAUCGAAUUGCUGCCCUAUUACGACCAGAUAGAGACCUUUAACGUGCAAGGGAAGACGAUUAUCGACGCCCUCGAAUGGGGUGUAAGGGACGCACAGUUCUACAAUGAAUUCCAAAUACCUUUGCUGUUACAAGUGUCUGGUCUAAAAGUACAAUACAACAUCACAAACCCGGAAGGUAAACGUGUGACAUCAGUAAGAGUUGGUAAAGACAAUGUUCCUCUGAAACGCAAGAAGUAUUACCAAGUGACUGCACCUGGAUUCUUGGCGGAUGGCGGUGAUGGUUAUUCAGUGUUCAAGAAAUACAAGAAAAACAUGAAAGUUAUUGGACACGAUCAAGAUGUUUUGAAGUCGUACAUUGAAAAACGUUCUCCAUUGAACAUAGUCACUGAAGAUAGAAUAAUACUGUACAAUUAAUAGGAAUAUAAUACUACUCUAUAAUAAACGUUAUUUACUGUUGUUA